AUGUUUGACGUGGCUUUAAGUAGUGCUGGAGCAACUAUUGCCCUUGCUACAUCAUUUGAUGAAAAUCAUCCACCAGAAAAUAUCAUUGAUGGGUAAGUAUUUUACGUUCGGUGAAGAUCUUGCCAAACAUUUCAAAUUUCGAACAAGCAAAGUUAAUUAAGGUUUUGAUAAGGACAAUUAAGAUAUUUCAAGACCACUUCCAAUUUAUCUGAAACCCAGUAAUGCUAUGCUUUUUGGAAUUGCUAAACUGGUAGACCAUGACCUAAUCAUUCUACAUGUACUAUCGUGAACAUUUUUACGAUAGUAGUUGUCAUGGUAAUCCGUGGCCCUCGGAAUGUGCAUGACCUGUUUAUUCUGAAAAAGCAAGAUUUAAGAAAAGAAAGGUAUGAGGAGUAACGCAAUAUUUGCAGAUGCUUGCUUUUAUCUGUACUUGGUAAUGUCACACAAAAGUUGAAAACUACGUUAGCAUCCUGCAAACUCAAACUCCAAAGGGAAACAGAAAAUGGUUUAAGUUAGGUGAUAUUUAAUGACAGGGUAAAAAUUUCCACACAGCCCCAUACUACAUUAUGCAUCCAGUUCUUGGAUAGAGAAAACAAUGACUAAAACUAUACACUGCCAUUGGGAAAACAGAUUACAACAGUAUGGGGCUGUGUGGAAAUUUUACCAAUGACAGAAAAAGUUGGGGUCAAAUCCAGGGAAAAUUGGAUCUUCUUUGAGUUAGUUUGGGUUUCAAGUUAGCAGGGUUUUACUUUAUUAUAGUACAUUUCAGUAAUAAGUAAAUGAAAAACUCUAAGGCAAAGGUUGGUGAAUGAUACCUUUAAGAUCAUGAGCUGUCAAUCAGUUUAUCGCUAAAAAUCUUGUUUAGAAUCAACUCAAGUUCCCAUUUAGAAGUCUUAUGGCCAAAGUGAGAGGUCAUGCAAAGCAGCUUAAAUUAUAUAUAAUCACACUCUUGCAUUUUCAAACAGGGGUCUUUGUAUUUCUGUGAGUCUCAAAUUUUACCAUCUGUGACUCCUAUGGCUGCACCCUGAUCAGCCAAAACAUAAUUAAUUGUCUUUUUAUUUUGCUCCAUAGAAGCCUUGAUACUUUCUGGCCAACAACUGGAAUGUUUCCUCAAGAAUUCAUCAUCACCUUCAGUGCAUUAAUGAGCAUUGGAAAUAUUAAAUUCCUAUCUUCAAAUGGUGAGGAUGAUGGUGGAAGAUCUUGAAAUUGUGUUUAGUGUAAUGUAACAUGGGCAUUAUCAAUUUAAUGGUUUUUGAGUUUUUUUUUUCCAUAACAAUAAAUAACUCUAUGUUAGCCAGUGGAGUGGUAUGUUGCUUGCACCAAUCAGAUUCCCUGCAUUAGGGUAUGUAAUGUAUCUCACAUCAAUCAGAUUGCUGCAGUGGGGUAUGUAUCUUACACCAAUCAUAUCACAACAUUUUGAUAUCUUGUACCAAUCAGCUUUUCUUGCAAAUGAUGUCAUGGAAUUAGGGGGCUGUGCAUGAAUAAUGGCAUUAAUCAAAUAUUUUGGGCUCAUUUGAUAAGGGCAAUGUUUUGUGACCUUCACAAGAUCCUCAUUAAAAGGUCAAGACUUCUUGUGAUAUGAAAGGUUUCCAUUUAACUUUCUGCAUCAUUUUUUAAGUUAAAAGGUGUCUUUUCCGCUCCUUUACUUACAAUGUACAUGGUAAACACGUACCAUGAAAACAACGUCCAAAAUCUAAUUAGGACAUGCCCAAUCAUUGCUCUACAUGAACAGUAGGCAAUGUUUCACAUGAUUGAAUUGUACUCCACCCAUCAAAUUCCAUUUUGCCACAUUAGACUUUGCUCCAUCUUGUGUCAUUUCCUUGUAAAUAACCUGCAUUUUAUUAUGUAUAGUAACAGCAUUGUCCAACAGUAUUUUGCCAGUCGAAGAUUAACUCAGUCCACGGUUUUAAACAGCUCCUUUAUUGAAUCAUGCUUGGAGUAGUCGCGUUCAAAAUCCAGUGGUGUCUCACAGUUCUUCUGACUAGCAAGUCGUAAUGCAGUGAAUUACGUUUAUGACGUUUAUUACGUUUGCUUUUCGUAGUAAAAUUACAUAGAAUGAUAUUUUUAAGGCAACUAACUUUAGACAAAUAAUUUUGAUAUUCUUUUUGGUAGAGGAACAGCAGUAAGCAUAGUCCCUUUUGCAACCAUUAUUUGGUCUCUUGCCAUGCAACGCGCUCUCUCUUCAAUGAAGAAUAGCUUGUAUUGUGUGACGAAAUCAAACAAUGGGUGUUAAGGAGACAACAGUAUAAGCAUGGCACCACUGCAUUCUAUUUUUGCUUAGAAGUAUUAUACCAUAGAAACAACAGACCAAAAACUACCUGUGUGAAUUCAGUUAAAUAAGAUUAUUUUUUUCUUUCUCUUAUGGCGAAGUAAUGCAAUAUCUUUUUGUUCUUUUGAAAGUUAUGCUCUUUUCCUGUCACAAGAAUGAAAACAUUAGGUAUGCAAAGUGUCCCAUCUCAACCCACCCUGCCUAAAAAAUAACUCUUGCAUACUAUGCAUGCCUGUGUUUUAUCACAGGGGCUACAUCAUUGUUUUUGUGCUGCAUUGUGAAAAAUUAGACGAAUUUUUUUUUUUUUAAUAUGAUGUAAAAAAUUGAGAAAAGUCUUUGUGAGGAGUCAGGUACAUGUGGGUUACCAGCUCAUGAUGGACCAGGAGCUUCAAGGUUUUGUAGCAUAUAUGAAUUUUUAUUUGCAGUUAAAAGCCUCUGCAUUGAGAAAAGCACAAAAACAGAACCAGUAGACUUUGAACCUCUUGUGGACAAAGGUAAAAAGAAGCCAUAGAUAUGUUAUAGAAAAUGUUGUUGUUCAUCCUGGUUAAUUAGAGGUAAAUUGUUUUUUUUAAAGCAUUUGUCUCACAAUGUAAAGUAAGGCUACCAUUUAUGAUACAAUUGAUAGCCUGACUUUACUUUGAAAAUUUAAUUAGGAAAAAAUGAUGAACAUGAUAACAAAAUAAUUAAAACAAGUUUAAGCAAGGACAUUCCAUCAAAUAAUCCUCUAUUUUUGAUCACCGACAGCACAGUACAAUGCACAUUGACAUGGCCAAGGCAUGACUGAUUGCAGGGUGUGGUUGACUGUAGAAUUUAAAACUGACAAAUUCAAUGAAACAUACAUGCAAUUUAUUAAUAAUGUGUAAUUGUUAUCUGUGACAGAGUAUGAACAUUUAGAGGGUCAGAUGCAGAGAGACGAGAUUAAGGUAAGUAUUUGGAAUUCAGCAAAUUGAAUCCUGCUUCAAUGGUGUUUCAGGUCUAAAAUAUAUGUAUCUGGCAUUCUGAACCAUGUGUGUGUUCUGAUGGAAAGACAUGCACUUUCAGUUGAAUGCUGCUGGUUCCUCGGGGGAGACUUGUUGAAACUUAAAAUUGAUCAGUGUAUAAAAGUACAAAUAUUCAGUCCUAACUGUGAAUGUAGGGCUGUUACAUUUUGAUAUUAUUUGCAUGUUUUUUCCUUUGUAGAUUCCUGUUACAUCAGCAUGUCAUCUGAGAUUUCUUAUCAAAAGUGGAUUUGAUCAUUUUGUUUCCAUUCAUAAUGUCAGUGUUGAUGGCACAGCUGUGCACUGA